AAAAAUUAACUCAGCGGACAACGAAAUCCGAAGUUUCAAAAAAAAUCUUGCCAUUUUAUUUCUGGCUAGCGAGUAACUUUAGCUAUGGCGAAGAGAUUCCUAUUCUUGCCAAGCCAAAGCAAAAACCUAAAGUUUGGUGAAGCAUCUUUUGAGAUUUUAUCAGACUUUCUCAUAAAUCUCAAUAUCAGAAACAAAGAUAAACUGAGCAAUUUAUCACGUUACAGUGGGGAUUUUAAAGACAAAAGAUUGAUAGAAUGCAUUUUCCUUGUCACAGAAGAGUUAAGACUUGACUCCAUGGUUGGAUAUCAUGCUGUUGAAUUACUUGAAAGGUUCAUGAUAAAGCACCUGGAUGAUCUGUUUUCAACACCACACACACCUGCAGGAGCAGCAGGUGCCCAUAAAGGAAAUUACGCGGACCUUGUUUAUGAGAAACUGAGUGAGAAGUUCCAUCUCAUUCUCCUCUCUUGUGUGCAAAUAGCAAGCAAACUGUCUUUGCACAGUGCUGUGGUUGACAACAACACAGCAGCGCAGUUUCUUCACUCGAUGGGCCACAGCAUUUCCAAACAAACUAUCAUGGACAUGGAGCUGAUGAUCUUGAAAGCACUUGACUUCAGGCUAAACACCCCCAACCCUCUGACUUAUGUUGAGAUACUCCUGGAGGUGCUUGGGCACAAUGACUCUUCUAUCCCUGUGGGGCACCUGCAUCACCUCAGCAGACACGUGCUCCAGUUCACCUACCUCCAGAGGACAGCCAUCUAUGACUCCCUGCUCAAGGCCACCACUCAGUGCCUGAGCCCAUCUGACGAACAGAGAAAGACUUUCGUGUCGGUGACUGAAGACUGCAUGCUUCUUGGUGUUGGUGUCAUUGCUGUGGGUGCAUACAUCCUCAAUGUCACUAACUGGGAACAGGUAGUGGAGGAGCUGAGUCACAUCACAGGGAUCUCAGUGAAGAGCAUCAGUGAUUUCACACAUGUUACACUGAUGCACAUUACCAAGAACAACUCUCCCAUGGUCACAGCAACUUGAGUCGAGUCCGAACAACACAUUCAUCGAUUGAAAGAUUUUAUUUACGCUAAGUUGGUCUGAAACUUGACAAUGAACUAAGUUUCUUUAGCUACAGGAAGUUAUGAAAGAAAGAAAGCCAUUGAGACUUAGACAGUACAGUAUGAUACAGUAAAACAGUACAGUAAAACUAGUGUCUGUAUGUAAAAAGAUUGAAAGGUUCGCACCAAACAUCUGAUGUAAAAACUAGCUCCCUGAGUUUGACUUUCUAGUUGAUUUCCUUAAGAAUUUAACUUCUAUUUUCUGGAUAUUUAUUUCUGUUUACUGUUCCAACAAUUAGCAGCAUUAAAGAGCCUUCUUCCAUCUAUCAAGUCAUAUCUGUUAAAUGCCAUAGUGUGCAAUAUAAAAGCAAAGCUGAUGUUAAAAUCCUAAUAAUAGAAAUGUAAUAAAUAGUGUAAUAAGUAAUUAAUUUAACUUAAAUAGAUAAGAAUACAUGUAUUUAUUAUACCCACCACCUCUCUGUCAAGUUUAUUUCUCCUCUGUCCAGAUGGUACCACC